GCUCCGAGUGAUAUGACAUAGCCCUUUGCGUGUCCGUUCCACUCGCGCGACAAAAUUGCUGAACAAACUUCUUCGCACUUUUUUUUCUUCCUUCUUCUGCACCCCACCCAGCAUCCAAUAGCUGAGCAUCGCAAUGGAGAACCUCACUCCCGACGCCAUGGAUGAUGGAUUGCAAGAUCUGGGUGUUCCUGUUCCGGUACAAACAUUCCUCUGGCGACAAAUUGCACCAUUUAUUCGACCAAAACUUGGCAAGCUCCACGAAGCCAGCUGUAUGUUUUGCCAACAUGCACCAGGACAUCACGAGCUUAAGGAAGCUUGCAAGUCCUUUGAAAAAGUUCUCGUGCAAAACAUCCAGUUUGGCUUGUCGCCAUCGCUAACGUCAGCCUUGCAAGCAAUUCCCAGAUGGAGGCUCGUUCAGGCUGCCCUACCCCAUGUUAUGCACUGUGCGGCAGCUCUUCUUCACAAUAGGGUGAAGGAUCUGCAGAGUUUGGGUGCUGCUGAAACGAAAUUACUCUACACCCUGCACUGGAUUCUUCUCUAUGCUGGCGAAGAAUGUGCCGAUUCGGAUGCUGAGCAGGACAAGCAGUCCCUCAAGAGUCAUCAGUAUUUAUUUUCCGUUCCCACCAUCUCGCUCUUUGUCUACCUGUUUGCCCCAGUUGCACAUCACCUCAAGGAGUCGGAUUUUCAGAAUUUCCGCCUUGAGAAUGGGAUUCGUCUGUGGCAGGGAAUGUGGGAGUAUAGGGCACCCAAUGCGCCGUGCUUCAUAGCCCCUGUGAAGCCGAGGGCGAGGCAGUUGUACACCCCAACAAGUCCCAAAUCAACAAUGUCUCCCGAUGAAUAUCCCAUCAGGAAACAAUCUGGGGCCGAAGCAACUCCCCUGAGUCUCGAUUCACCGCAGAGUCUCUCGUAUUCAACGGAACUGCCAAAGCAUGAUGACGAUUGGAUUUCUUCACCAAAAGACUGUGCUUUCCCCGAAACGAUCCCCGAGGAGGCAUCCAGUGUCGAGGAGGAGCGAGUUGUUAUUUUUAGACUUCCAUCAUCUGGCCAGAAUUUAUUGGAAUCAUUCUAUACGGCCGAUGCUAGCUUGCUUCAGCAGAGCAACCGUGGUAGCAAACAAUCCUUACUAUCGCAAGAUAGACAAGACAGAGUGCCAAACCGCUUUGAUUUUGAUAAAAUUGAAGUAUGUGAAAGAGGUCAUGACAGGAGAGACUUCCAGGGAAGUAGCAAAAUCUGUUCUCCCAUUGAUAAGGACUCCAUUGAUGAGGGUUCAAAGUCUCCGCAUAUAGUGAAGUACGACGUAACAGCUGCAACAUUCCUCGAUGUUGCAGUAAUGCGCUGCCUAUUUAUAUCACAUUGGCAAGAGGAGGGUGUUUACUGGAGCCUACACUACUUCAACAAUAGGCUUCGUGAUAUCAGCGAAGAAGCCUCUGUGCCAAUUCCGCAGCCUAGAAAGCGGUCUAAUUCACUUCCGAUACCCCAGAUUGAGAUAUCACUGUAUCAGGGGCCUAAUAGUCGAGAUAGUCCUAGUGGGAGUUCAGCAGGAAAGGACUACAUUGAGAUACCAGAGCCGUCUACAACUGCUCAUCUAACUGAUGACUCUUCGAGUGGUCGACGUGGUAGCGAGAAGAAGCGUCGCGUAAAGAUGGCGGACAUUGCAAGGGCUUUUGUAGAAACCAAAAUGUUUUCUAAAUCCGACAGAGCUCUAGAAAAAGUUGGUUUAGAUUUUGGAACGAACGGAAAACAUUUAGAAGAUUCGGACUUGCAUAGAAGCUUGGAUACCGGCGAAGCUCAUUUAUCUAGAUCCGUCUCAAUGAUCCACCGUGCUCCAUCAACUAAUCUCGUUAAGGGCAAGAGCAUGCCGAGUUUAAGCUGUCUUCUUGAUAGCGGGUAUGUGGAGCCACAGAAGGUGGUUAAGCCUACACCACCACCACCACCUCCAGCGAGAGCGGCUGUUUUCGCGAGGAAUCCAAUUAUAACAGUUACAGAGCACACACCUACCCCAAGUCCGGACUACUUGCGUCGCCAGGGAUCUAUUGAUUCACAGCUGGACGCUCUAAGUAGCACUGGCAGUGCUUUUGGAUUCCGCAGUCAAAUGCUACGAUCACACACGGAUUCCCAUAUUGCCUAUGCUGGGCCAGAUGAGACCGAAGCUCCAGGAUCGUCAUUCUAUAUUACACCCGAAGGAGGAAUUGACUAUGAGAUUUUACUUUUGGCCGUUUAUACAAUUUUCAAAAAGGACUCCAACAUCUGCUCCUUGAGAGUUCUCGAAGCGGGAUUGAACAUCAGUGAGCUCCUUCUCGAUUUGGGAAUCUUGAAGAUGGGCCAGCAUGCUCAUAAACUCUCAAUGGGAAUACUUAAACGUGCCCUCCUCCACCUUGGCUGCCCACAUGGGUGCAAUGAAGGAAUUCGCGGACCACCAGCUGAAUUCCUUCGCACACAGUGCCACACAAUCCUCUCUCGGAUGCUCCGCCAGGUUCCAGCACAAUCCCGGAACUACCUCCGUAACAUGGUGAGAACGACGCAGCUGCACGAACUCAUUGAAUUCUUCCACGCCUUUGUGGGCUUCUGCGUGGAUCCGAGUUCACUCCUUUCGCCGCUUAGCGGUCAGGGGGGCUAUGCAACCAAUUUCGGGGGCGGCCUCAGUGGCGGUGCCGAGAGUCAGGUCAUCGCAGCCGUCUUCAAAGCCCUCGUCACGCGCUUCGUGGAGUCCUUCAAGGAUCUCAAGAGUCAGGAGAACAUUGCUCUUUACUGCGACGUCCGGCAGCUCGUUACGUACGUCAAGGGAGCCCAUGGGGGACCCUUCAGGCGCGUGGCACUGAGCGGCAUCAUGGCCGUUACACCGCGGCCACACAAGAAGGGGCCCAACUAUCAAACUACGAGAGUCAUCAGACAUAUUCCUCACACGGAUACGCAAUCCUACCAGCAGGAUGAGAGGGCUCAGAGGAAGCUACUCUUUAAGAAGCGCAGCACAUCCUCCACUUGUGCGAGCUUACUGGAGACAUCUGAGACCUAUGAGGAGCCCUUCCGGCACAGCCAGAGCCCUCUGAGCAAUUUACGCCGCAAAACCGCCAGCGUGCGUCCAACUCUCACUCCACGACACAGCGAGAGAGCCCUUCUGUCGGACUCAACGUCCAGCUCUGAGCGCAAUUCCGGUGGGAAGUUGGGUGGGAUUGUACGAUGGUUCCGUGGCUCCAAGGAUCGCUGCUCGAUUGACUUGGAAACGGGAACACUCGCUCCUGACAUCAUGGCUUCAUUCGCACGACAGAGCUCCUUUAAGCUUCAGGGAAGGAGAUCCGGAGAGGGCUUGGGGAGAUCCCUUCAGAGAGCCAGACGCCGCGUGGAGAGACGUCUUGGGAGAUUUGGCAUUGGGAAGGGGAAGAAGAAAGUUGGUGGAACUGAGGAAGCACCAGGAAGUUAUUUCAGUCGUAGAAGUUCUUAUGACUUUGGGGAGGGCCCCCGUGAAUCGGAAGUUGUGGUGCUGAAGGAGAGACGCCUCGUGCCAAUCCUUGCCGUGCGCGAGGGAAUGUGCAGAUUCUCCUUCCUGUUGGAAACUUGUGCUCCAGGAUCUGUUCCCGAUGCUCAACUUGUGGCUGCAACACUGGAUUUGCCUCAAGCUCCGCUGGUCACAAGAGCAGCAUUUUUGCUGGAAUGUGCCCAUUUUGUGCAUCUCUGUAAUCGUGGGCAGUGGCCCAGCUGGAUGAAGCAGAAUCAACCAUUUAGACCAUCCGGACCGAAUUUGGGCAGUCGUUCGGCACUGGCAAGCAGCACCAGGAGGAUUCAUGUACUCCAGAGGGCAGCUGGGAAGAUGUUCUACCAGUGGGCAGAACUUUUGGGAGCUCGCCUGGAGGAGAUGCUGAAGAAUGAGAAGCAAACGUAUGACCAGGUCACAGCUAGUAUGUGUGAAUCUGAGAAACAACGACAGCUCCUGCUGCAGGAUGAGGAAGAGGAUUUCCUGGAUGAAGCUUGCGUGAAUCCUCAUGGGAAUGACUGUCCACCAGCACUGAAGCUCGUCGCGUGCGUUCUCCUCAAUGAGAUUACAGCGUUUCUCAGGGAAACCUAUCAAACUCUCCCGAAGACUUCGAAGCUGUCCACAAAGGAGAAACCAGCUCCGUGGGAGAAGGUUUACAGGGAAGCCAAUCGUCGGUGGUCCAUGGCUCUGAGUUCCAUGGGCCACAGUCAAACAUCCGCACAGAGUCUCCAAUCCAUCGCUGGUGGGGAUGGUGUGCAACCCGAGAGGAAGAUCUCCUUUGUCCUCCAUGAACCUGACAAUGAAUCCGAGGGUAGUAGCAACACAACGGUGACGCUUCAGGGAGAGGAACCCAGCAUUCAGCCACAGAGACGUCCAGUAGCGGCUGUUAGGCCAUUCCUCCUUCGUCGUGGAACAGCUGGUGCCCCCACUGGGGGAUCAUUCAAACGUCGUUCCCUCAAACUUCGUCGUGGAACAAAGGAUGGGAAAGAUCUCGAAUCUGAUUAUCCCGUGAAGAGAACUGAUUCAAUCCAAUCCAGAAGGAAGGUUUCCUCCCUCUCAGACAGAAGCGACACAUCUGAGCAGGGUGUAGCAAGUGGUGGUGAGGAAUCUCCUGGGAUACUCAGCGAUGAUCAACCCCCAGAAUCCCCGAGUGAUUCCAAUGAUACAGAUGAGACGGGAAAGACAAUGCCCUGGAUGAAGGCAGCCCUGGAAUUGGUGAAUUCAUUCAACUUCUACUGCUCCCAUCAGAAUUUCUGCCAUCCAUUCUGCUAUCGUCGGCACAUGCGAGCUUCUUCGCGGCUCGUCAAGGCCGUCCGGAAGGUUUAUGGAGAGGAAUUCGGGCUGGUUUUGGGGAUGGAAGGAGGGGCCAUUGAUAGUGGACGAUUGGGUGGAAGGAGAGAGCGUCGUCAUGGAAGAAAAGUUUCAGAUUUGAGCUCCUCACAGACAUCGCCGUCGCGACGCAAGGAUAGCAUCCCAAGGAAAGACAAGAUUGUCCAUGACGAAGUAGACGCAGCUCAGGCCCAGGCUAAACCCGAAGAAUCCGCUAAACGCCGUGAAACAUCUCUGAUGCUGAAAUACUUGAAAAAUCACAUUCGGGAGAUGUUCCACAUCCCCAUUGCGACUCUCAUUAAGGGUGCCGCCAUCCUGACUGAGGAUCAAUUCAUUGAAGCCAUUCCAGCUGCUUGGGAGCUUCUACUUGAGCCAAAUCAGGAAACUGCAGCCACAUCGGCGGCUUUCUUCAUUCUUGGCGCUGUAAAAGCUCCCAAUUUUGUAUCAGACAUCAUGCAGAAAGCUCUGAAGAAUAAGGAUCCCGACAUAAGGAUCGGGGCGAUUUUGCGGUAUCAAGUUCUGUGGAAGUGUCGCUUCCAGGUGUGGCCGAGAAUGGAGGAAGGAGCGCACAUGUCCUUCAAAGUUCCCCCACCUGGGAUUGAAUUCACGCUCCCAUCGCCAAAGAUUGGGAUUGAGAGUUUGCCUGUUGUGGAUCCCCCGUGGAGCCCACGGCAGCAAACAAAAGAUAUGGAGGUGACGCUCAAUCAGGAGCGACACAGAUCCUUUGUAACAGCCACAAAGACGAGGAAGAAGCAACAAACGGAAGCUAUUAAGUACGCCCUGCAGCAGCAGGAGGAUAAGCAAAGAGCUGAACGGCAGAGUUUUAUGAUGACAACGAUUCCCAUUACACAGCAGGCUGCUCAUGAGCCGGGGCUGGAUCAUGGUCCGGGAGAGGAUCAUUUGGAAGAGGAGGAGGGAGAUGUGGGACGAACGGCGCCGCAUCUUCAUGCAGCUCAUUCGCUUUUCCCAUCCGUUUUAUGCUCGUCUGUUAUGCAAAUUGUUGGAUGCCUCGAUGAUGCUGCUGUUAGUUCCGACGGAUGUGCUGUCUACGAAAUUGCUUAUCAGGUGAUUUGGGUGUGCCUCGUGGAGGACUCCGCACUCUUCCUUCGGUACGUUCUCGAGAGAUUAACGCGCGACCGACAGGAUCAGAUGUUUAAGCUUCUGCGGCAUCUUAUUCGCUUUGUCCCCCGUCUCCCGCAACAGGCGGCAUUUGCACUAUAUAACUACAUCAUCGGCUACGUCAUGUUCUACGUGCGCUCAUCCCAUGAAUGUAGUCAACAGCUUGUUGGCUCAGCUCUAUCAAUUCUCUGGAUGGUAGUUCACAGUGUCCAUGGAAUUAUGUUUAAAGAUCUCAAACAGAUCCUGCGGAAAGAGCAAUGUGAUGCCUCCAUCCUCCUAACAGCCAAUGUCCCAUCCGCCAAGAAGAUUGUCGUUCAUGGGCCUGAAGAUAAAGAUGAAGGAGGAAUCCCAUCGCAAUUUCCAGUCCAGGAAGACACGCAAUUCCUCCAGCUUCUCCGGGAAUCUCUGGAUUUCUUUGGAAUUGAGGAGAAAAAUCAUUCCUAUCACUUUUUAAUUGAUUACAAAUCUCAUCAAAUCUUGAAUCCAAAUUGGUAUGUCCGGGAUUUGUACUUCUUCAAGAGAUCUCAGUAUCCUCAAUUGAGAUUAGUUGAAAUGAAGCCCGAGGAAGCUUUUUAUGCUCUGCAAAAGCAAGAGCUGAUGCGGAAGUUUGUUGAAAUUGGAAAAGUUCACCUCACAUGGGCUAUUCUCAAGAAUGUCGACAUGGUCGUUCAGAGAGUUGUUUUCCUUCAUGAAGAACUAAUGAAGUUGCCCUCCUUCCCACGAAAAGCUCUCGAGGUUGAUCUUGAUUUGCACCAAGGAGGAGAAUUGGGCAAAGAACUUUUGGGGCUGGAUGUGUUGCACAAGUUUAUGUGGGUGAGAUUAAUUGCGAGGAUGUUUGAGGCAAUGGCUGGGAAUUUUGCCUACUCAGCUGAUAUUCAGCUCUUCCUGAAUGUUCUCUCGGGAGCUGCAAUCCUCCAUUCUGAAGAUUCGUGCAUAAUGCGCUACGUAACGGCUACAUUCAUCAAUGCAGCUUUCAAUUUUAAGAAUAUUUUCUCCACAAAUGGAUACUUUAUGAUCAUGCCAACCCUCCUCCAGGUCUACUCCCUUCAUCAGACCAAUAAGUUGGUUACAACGACCAUUGAGUAUGCUGUUAAGCAAUUCUAUCUGCUUAACCGGAAGCCUUUUAUUCUGCAAAUGUUUGGCUCUGUUUCGGCAAUCCUGGACACAGAUGAAGACGGAAUGUACGGGGAGGCGCACAAAGUGCAGUCCAGCUGCUUAUUUAAUCUCCUCCUGAGCUUGGAAACUCCCUCCCCGGAUCCACUAAAUAUUGCUGAGCUGGUCAAGGAACCCAAACCUCUAAAAGCAAUUGAUUUUUGUUACCAUGAUGAGGAUGAGAUGGUCACGGUGUUGGAUUGCAUAACUUUGUGCGUUAUGGUGGUUUCGUACUCAGCUGAAAGCACCCGAGGUUAUCAAAUGCUUAUUAUCCUGGAAGCCAUCCUGCCGUGCUACAUGCAGAAAAUUCAAUCCCCGAGCUAUAUUCCUCUUGAGGGGAAAUCCGAGAGAGAUAUUAUUCUUCAGCUUGCUAUUGCUAUUAGAACGAUGGUGCACAACUGCGAAGGACUCUCCAAGAGCUACAAUGGGCCGUUUCGCAAUAGUCCAGAACACAAGGGAUCGAGCCAGAGGAACUGCAGCCGUGGUCCCCCGUGUUCACCAGGAUUGGAUUUUGAGGAUGAAUCCCAUUCAAAGUACGUCAGUGAUGUGGGAAGGAUGAAAAUCAUGGAUACAGCGGAAGAUUCAGAGCUUGUACGAGCUGAAUAUCGUCGUCCCAGGGAUGUUCUCUUAUCCGUUGUUGGGGAAUUCAUAAGUCGAGCCACAACACGUCUCCAGGAAUUAUCCAAAAAGCAGGGAGCUGAUACGAAGCCCGUUGAACUCCUUGAUGUGAAGUGCCACGUGCGAUUGGCAGAUAUUGCCCAUUCACUCCUGAAAGUAUCUCCGUAUGAUCCGGAAUCAAUGGCCUGCCGAGGACUCCAGAGGUAUAUGGCGUGUGUCUUGCCACGUGCGGAAUGGGCAGAUGAUGCUAUGCGACCAGCUCUGGUGACCAUUCUCCGGCGCCUAGACAAAGUUUUCAUGAAAAUCUCCAAGAAACCCUCAAUUCGCAGGAAUACGGAUUGGGAAGCAGCUUCAGGGCUCCUCAAGGGGAUUCAUGAGACCGUUAUAAGGUAUCCCUACGUCCUUCAUUGGCAACAUGUUAAAGUUCUCCUCAGCACGGUGCAGAAUCUUAUUGUGCACGAACCUGGACAAUCUCCUGAGGGAGUUUCCAGUGCAGGAGCUGCUGUUAUGUCCCAAAAUCCUCCACCAUUCUUCUGCUCAACCGCAGUACGUCUCAUCACGCUCCAGGUCGUGAGUCCAGUUGAUUGUUUCACUCUUGAGCACAUUUGCGGGGGAUCGGCGGAAUUCCCAACGCAGGAGAAGGCUGAAGGGCAUCUUAUUCAUCUCAUAAUGCCACUGUGUCUCAAGGCAUGCAGCGGAAAGGAUUUGGGGGAAUUGAGGCAGCACGACAUCUCAUUCCUCGUUACGGCGAUCUUGAAUGCCAUGAGCCCACCAGCCGGGAGAACAGCCCAGGGUACAACACAGAGUAAUCGAGUUGUUGGAGAUCUCCGUGCUGGCUCUCUAACUUUCACAGGAAGUCGUGAAGCGAAACGACCAGCUCGUAUUUCCGGAUCUCUCUAUCAGGCAGCUUUCCUAGCGCUGAGGAUUCUCUGCAUCUCCUUCGAACAACGCCUAGCCACUGAAUGGCCACGAAUUGUGCGCAUUAUGAGGGAUUUGGGGAGGCGCAAUGAAGCAGCUCCGGAACUUUGGAGUUUCCUGGAAUUUGUUGUCAAUCACCGUACUCCGCUCUACAUUGUCCUCAUGCCAUUCAUCCUCCAUAAAAUCUCUCAGCCGCCAAUUGGUGAUCAUGAGCGACAUAUGCAGUUCCUUAUUCGUGAGAGGAUGCGCGGAAUGCCCCAACCGGGUGGAGUUAAAUCCCGCGGGGCUCUGCUUCUGGAACUGGCGCGAGAACUUAAAGAUCUCCGGGAAGAACUAGAGGAACGCCGCUACGGAAGUGGUGAGAAACAAACACAUGAUCGCGAUAUUCCAGAGCCAAGUCGUCGAGAUGUGGUACCUUCAACACUCCCACCUGUCCAGGAAGUUCCAAAACACGCACAACGUCCAUCGCUAAUUUCACUUCUCACCGGUGCUGGACCACACAUUGCAUCCCAAAUGGCUACGCAUCAUGAGCGAACUGCAACGCCCAGUGAUUCAGCUUCUCAGCAUACACUGCAUCCUCCGCGGGAAUCUCUCUCAAGUGGCUCAACGACGAAUCGCGAGGCAGGUGUGAGUGAUAGUCACAGUGCUGAUGGAACUACACCAACUCCCAGUCUUGCAGCAACAGCUGGAGGAUCUUCGACAGUUAUUGCAGGCUCGACAGGAUCAGGUUCUGUGCCUCAUCUUUCACACUCAAUGUCCAUGCAGCAAUCAAUGAAGUCCCAGCAGGCACCACGGCUGCGUUUUGUGUCAUCCGUUGAGUUUAAACAUUCCUCCGGGGAGACCUCAACAACUCCACUCUCCCCUGAAAGCCCCAUAGAAGAUAGUUCAGGAGAAAUCCAGCGGCACCGGUUGCAGCGUUCCAAGGCACAGAGUCGCAAAACAUUCCGCAUUAAGCGUGGACAGCCUGGGCGUCAGACACAAGCUGGUGAUGGGGCUACUCUUGCUCCCGAGCCCGUUGAACCACCACCACCCCCACAACCCAAAACCGUUUCAGAUCUAUCGUGGGAUUCCGUUUCACAGACUUCCUCCACUUCCGGAUACAGAGACAACUGUAGCUUCCAUACGGGACUUCUCUCUCCGGAUGGUUCCUUAGCCAGUGCCCCACCUAUUGGGAGAUCCUCGUCGCAACAUUCCCUGUUGAUGCUCUUUGAAGCUCAGGAUGAGGAUACUCUCAUUUAGAGAGAUGUUAACAUUUAAAUUUAACGUGUUUUAGGUCAGUUAGUUUAAAGUUAAAGGACUUGUAGGACUGUGUCCUUAGGAAUAUCAAGUGGUGGUGUGAGAGAUUUAUGAGAUGAUUUUAAUGUUUGCGCUGAUGAGCCGUUCUCGCGUUGAUGAGUUUUACAAAACAAUUGAUUUCCGGCUUCGAAGGUACCAUUUUUUGUCUUAUUUAGUUUUUAAAUUACCUAUUUUUUAAUGUUCAAUCUUUUUUAACCUCAAAAACUAACUGUCUCAUGACUUGAUUAUAGUUUAUCUUCAGACCUUACUAUAAAAACUUGCAGCCAACUUCACACAACGCAUUCAAUUAUAAAAAAAAUCGAUCUGGUAGAUCUCGCGCCACCAUUUUGAAUAGAAACGAAAAGAAUGAUAUUUAGAGAAGAAUGUUCAAUGUUAACCUUUGAUGUUAACCGUAAGAAUUUAUCGAUGUUAAUUAAUCAAGUGGCCAAAUAUUUAUAACAAUUAGAGGACACUUUGUUAUUGUUGUGUAGAGAAAUAGUAAAAGUGUUACAGGUUAUGAUAUUUCAAUUAUUUUUUCUACAAGUUAUUUACAAAUUAGACUCAUUUUGUUCUUUAUUGAAACAUAAAAAACUCCUCACACGAAAAAUAAUAAAUGAAUGUUAUUGAAAUAGUUCAAAAUCGUUGCCAAAAUCUCACCUUUAAUCCCAACUUAAGAAAAAAAUAGACUCAACUUGAGAAAUUUUCAGGAAAAUCUUUAACCGAUUUGAUGUUUGAGAUAUUUUCUAAACGUUGUUGUGCUAAUCCCAUCAAGACUUAUCCAAGAAAAAUGAUAUCCUAUUUAUCCGAAUUCAGGAAUAAAAAAUAAACAGAUAAAGAGGUCAAUUCUGUGAAAAAUCAUUUUAUUUCAUUUCUUACAAUUCAUGAUUUGAAGAUUAUUGGUAUUCUGGAAAAAAUAUUUUAAUAUUCAGACAUCUUGUUUUUUUUUAUAAAUUCGUGAAUCUAACCUUUCUGAUCGAUUUCUUCAUUAGAAAAUCUUUCUUUUUACUUUUAUUACAUGAAAAAGGAAUAAUCUUAAAAUCAUAAAAAGUCUAAAUCUUUUAAAAUAUAAUUAAGAUAAAAGAAAAUAAAAGAUUUUUGACAGAAUUGACCCAAUAAACCCUCAAAAAUGCUUCCCAAAAUAACACAAAAUAAGAAAAUUGUUGAACGUCUAGUAAAUGUUAUCAAUGUUGUAAGACGAUAUUGUAGCCUUAUCCAAAGAGAAUAAAUGCUCUUUAUAAAGUC